AUGACUGCAGUGUACCAGCUUCACCGCGGAGCUGCAAGCAAGUGCCAACGGGCAGGGCUCUGGCUGGCCUCCGGGGGUGGCCGCAGAGCUGAUAGGGGCCGAGCGCCUCUGCCCUCAGGCUGUGCUGGCUGCAGUCCCAGUGCCCACGAGGAGGGGCUGCCACCGAGGGCAGCGGUGACUCCACCUCGGCCACACGGUGCCACCGGGACCCGCGCAAAGGCCCGCCCCGGGCAUGGGCGGAGGGCCGGCCCGGCCUUGUUCUGCCAGAGCCGGCUUGAGGCCACGGGGCCCCCACGGCUGCCCUGUGGGGACCCUGAGGCCCAGCCGGCUGGAGGCCCCAGCGUGGUGCCGCGCCAGGUCGGUGGGGCCGGCCACAGCGGGGCCCCUGCCCCCGGGGGAGCCCACGUGGCCAGUGCCCAGGGCUGUGCCGGCCCUGGGCGGCGCCCUGUCCCACGCGCAUCCUCAGACCUCCGGGCGCCCCGGCCACUGGCGGGACUGGAAACUCCACCGCGGCCGCCAGAAGGCGGUGUGUGGGACGUGGGGCGCUUGGCCAGCCGGCCUGGCCCCGCUGCGCCCAUGGGGCCCGCACCCCCCACUCCGUGCCCACGGGCCUGCGUCCCCCGCCUCGCACCCACGGGCCUGCGUCCCCCACUCCGCUCCCACGGGGCACAUGCCCCCCACUCCGCGCCCACGGGGCACAUGCCCCCCACUCCGCGCCCACGGGCCCGCGCCCCCCGCCUCGCCGCAUCUGCAGGAGCUCUGCUGUCCCCCCGCUCGCCGCGCUGCGCCCAGGGGCCCGCUGGCUCGGGCUCGGUACCGCAGCCGUGGAUCCCGGGGCUUGCUAGGCGCCUGGUCUCCACACCUGGCCGGUCGGCGCAGUCGGGGCAGAUGGCGGCCUGCGCGCUCCGCCCGGCUCCCUGUGUGCGGCCAGGCGCACGACGGCACGCGUGUUGUGGGAUACCAGCGUGGGCAUUACGGGAUGUCGGCGUGGGCAUUACGGGACAUCGGCGUGGGCAUUACGGGACGUCGGUUCUCCGUGCCCCACACAGGGCCCAGAGUGGCUCCACACCCCUUCUGAGGGGCGUGGGGGGCUUGGUCACCAGGGGCCCCCUGGGGAAGCGCCCGUGGAGAGGCGCUAAGCCCGGGCCAGGAGGGGCUGGUCUGGACAAGCCGCCUGGCGUUCUCCUUCGGGAAGCUGCCGCGUUUGCUGGCUGGACUCAGGGAGCCCCGGCUGCUGAGGCCUCCUACGGCACCCAGGCCUCCUCCUUGGAGGUCAGGUUACCUGACCUGCCCUCUCCUGACCUAGGAGACCUGAGUCCUGUGUCGUCCAAGGCCUCCCAGGUGUCCUCCCGAGGUCGAGAAGCCCUCCCUGCAUGCUGGGUGCUGCUGCUGCUGCCCGGGGCUGGGGGGCGGGAGCUGGUGCCAGAGAGCCCUGGACGCCGCCGUCGGCAGCAGCGGAGGCAGCAAAGGGAGCGCCUGGCCCGCGUGAUGAGCAGCGACACCCUCAGCCCUUUAGUUAACCAGGACCUGGGGACCACUUCCUCUGUUUGCUCUGCAGCCAAUAACAAAACCAUGAAAAAUCUGCUGCACCCGGAAUGGCUCUGCUUCCUCUGGAAACGCCAGCCUCCCGCUGGCCGGCCGCGUUGGCUGGAAGGGGGCCACGCGAGCAAGCCGUCCCGUGCCGCCCGGCCCCGUCAGACCCCACUGAGCCCCGAGCCCACGUCCCGUCCCACGCACGGUGCACGCAAUGCCACCUGCAGGAGCCAGGGCGAGGUCCUCCUGGAAGGCUGGGCAGAGCGAGGUGCUCCCAUGGCCUGCCGCGUGGCCACCUAG